AUGAUGGAACGUUGUGAUCAUGACGAGGUGUCACUGAGAUUGCACCAGGCAUUGACAGGAGCCGGCUUUACCAACCCUCCAGCUAACCCCCCAGAUGAGAUGGAGAUUGAAUAUGAUCCUCUAUUGAAUACACUGGAAGAACUCACUCUUGCAUCUCCCGAAGAAAUGCAAGCAUGUGAAGACUCAAUCAUGGCAGACAUGGACCAAUGGGUCCCAAUCGACGAAGCACAGGUAGGCAAUGAAGACAAAGACCUCGAAGACGCUGACGAUAUACUAGCGGAGCAAUACGAGCAGCUCCGAGUCAAAUACCUAGAUGCCAACAGCCAGCCCACCGAUUACACCCCCUGUGCAUGCAUCGAGUGCAUCAAACUAUACGAAUGGGAAGACCCAGCAGGCCCCACCGGAUCCUCUGCACCAAUCCUCUACAAACCCACCCCCAGCACUUUUCAACCCAGCACCUCAGCCACCCACGAAACUCAGACAAACCUACCAAACGAAGCCCCUCCCACGCGCCCGCUCCCCCUUAGCCGCCAAACAAACCCCCCAACCCCCACAAAAAGACGGCCAAUCAACCCCUUCUUCCCCUCUUCAAUCUACAAAACCUCUCUCCUCCACACCCCCACCCCAUCCGCCAACACGCCCCUCUUCCACACCCAAGAAUACAUCCUCUCCCUCCGCCUCCUCAAGCUCCGCCGCCGCUGGUCGCACCUCGCGCUCUCCGACUUCACCACCGAACUCGGCACCCUGCGCCGCUCCCUCUCCAACCCCGGCCUCGCGCUCGCCCCCUGGCCCCCGCUCGCCGCCUGGCUCGCACAGUACUACGCCGCGAUGCAAGGCGUGCCGCGCAAUCGCCGGUUCAGGGUCAAGAUGGGGCUGCUGAAGGGGCUGGAGGAGGUGGCGAGGGCGAGGGCAAGGGAGAGCAAGAGCUUGGUCGACGAGGCGGUGCGGGCGACCGGCGAGAGCCUGCCGAGUGGGGUUUGGGGCCUGCUGAGGAGGGGCGUCGACGACGAGUGCGAGGCUAGAGGCUGUUUGGGGCUCGCCAGGUUGCCAGAGUUUACGGAUAGGGUUGUUGGGGGGAUGUCGGGCGGUUGGUCUUGGGUGGAUUGA